UUGUAAUGAGGAAGUUCCUCCCUCACACCGUCCUCUUCCAGCAGUGAGCAGUGUGUAUGAGUACAGCCAUGGGGGACUUCACAGAGGAGAAGAUUAAAAUCCCAUUUGCCAAGAAAUCUCUGGAUGCUGUAUUAUCCAUUCCUAAAGCUCACAGUGGUGUAUUAUAUGGAGUCAUUCUCACACACGGCGCCGGGGGAGACAUGAACUUUGCUCACUUGGUUUCUCUGGCGAGCCACUUGGCAUCUCAUGGUUUGCUCUGUCUACGAUUUACAUGCAAAGGACUCAAUCUAGUUUACAGGACCAAAGCUUACAAUGCUGUGGUGAUGUAUAUAAAAUCUCUGGAUGAUUAUAACAUUGGCGGGAUUUUCCUUCUAGGCCGGUCCAUGGGAUCCCGUGCUGCUGCUAGUGUGAUGAGAGCAACUUGUGAAGAUGAUGAUGAUGCAGUCCAAGGCCUUAUUUGCCUGUCAUAUCCCUUACACCCUCCUAAUGCAAAAAGCAAGCUCCGGGAUGAAGAUAUCUUGCAGAUAACAAAGCCGAUACUGUUCAUCUCUGGUUCAACGGAUGAAAUGUGUGAUAAGGCUUUGUUGAUGAAGACCAUUGGAAAAAUGAAAGCUCCUGUACAGAUCCACUGGGUUGAAAAUGCCAAUCAUGGAAUGUCUGCCAAAGGAAAGACAAAAGACGAUGUUAUGACAGAAAUAAAUGAACAGACUUUGUCCUGGAUUCAAGACAUAUUAAAGCUGUAAAGACUGGUAUUUCGUUUAAGCUGGGGUCACACUAUUCGCAGGAUACCCGCAUCCAAUUAGCAGGAGAUUGUCACUGGCUCUCUAUGGAGCCGGUUCAAUUAUCUCUGAUGCGGCUGCAGUGAGAAUUUGCACAAGAGCCCUGUGCGUCUUUUGGUCCAUUUCAGGUCAGAAUUCAGCCCAAAAUUUGUGCUGAAAUUGGACCUGAAGGGGUGAACCAGGACUCAACGGACCCCUGCUGGGAGCCGCAUCGGCAUGCAGUGUGAACCCAGCCUUACUCAGCAGAAAGCCAACCACAACUGUUUUGUUGGCUACGGUACUAUUUGCUCUCUAGUAAUUUAUCAGCGUUUGUUGGAAUUCUGAAACUGCAGUAGACAUUAACAGUUGCUGAACAUCUUCUAUUUAGGGGGCAUACUAAGAUAUCUGUGUAACUUCUAGUGUUAUUCCUUGUAAGAAAAAAAGACAUUCCAAAUUCCUACUACAUUAUAAAAACCACCACAGGCAUUAAACCUUUGCCUUGAA